CCUACAGAAGAAUACCAUCGGGCCUGUGGGAGCCCAGCAGAUGGCAGAUACCCUGAAACAGAACAGGAAUCUGAAGGAACUCAUAUUCUCCAGUAACAGCAUUGGUGACGGAGGGGCUGGGGCCCUGGCUAAGGCCCUGAAGGUGAACCAAGGCCUGGAGAGCCUGGACCUGCAGAGCAAUUCCAUCAGUGAUGCAGGGGUGGCGGCACUGAUGGGGGCCCUCUGCGCCAACAAGACCCUCGUCAGCCUCAACCUGCGAGAAAACUCCAUCAGCUCAGAGGGAGCCCGGGAACUGGCUCGAGCUCUCUGCAUCAACAGCACCCUGAAGAACCUGGACCUGACAGCCAACCUCCUCCACGACCAGGGCGCCCAGGCCAUCGCGGUGGCAAUGAGAGAAAACCAGGCCCUCACGUCCCUUCACCUGCAGUGGAAUUUCAUCCAGGCCGGUGCUGCCAAGGCCCUGGGACAAGCACUACAGCUCAACAGGAGCCUGACCAGCCUCGAUUUACAGGAGAAUGCCAUCGGGGACGAAGGCGCCUCUGCAGUCGCCAGCGCACUCAAGGCCAACAUGGCCCUCACUGCACUCUAUCUGCAGGUGGCCUCCAUUGGCUCCCGGGGGGCCCAGGCGCUAGGGGACGCCCUGGCUGUGAACAGAACCUUGGAGAUUCUCGACUUACGAGGAAAUGCCAUCGGGGUGGCUGGAGCCAAAGCCUUGGCAAAUGCUCUGAAGGUGAACUCAAGUCUCCGAAGACUCAAUCUUCAAGAGAAUUCCUUGGGGAUGGACGGGGCAAUAUUCAUUGCCACCGCAUUAUCUGGAAACCAUGGCCUCCAGCAUAUCAAUCUCCAAGGAAAUCACAUUGGGGAAUCUGGUGCCAGGAUGAUCUCAGAUGCUAUCAGGACAAAUGCUCCUUCGUGCAUUGUUGAAAUGUGAGCAAAACAAGUUCCUGGUGGACCUGGUGGGAGGACAGGUGGAGCAACAACUGGAAGCUUCUGAACGGAAAGACCAUUUUCCAGGGUUCCUUCCUGUGGUCUGGGAAUGAUGCUGACCCACACAAAAGCUGGUCUCCUAAAAGGAGGCAGGAAAGGUGCUGCCAAAGAGGUCAGGAGCACCUCUCCUGGACCCGGGUCAGUCCAGGCAGGGGUGAGAUGGAUUCUCUGCUAUGGCACAGAGAAGGGAAGGUCUUAAAGCUCAGCAGGUAAGAAGCCGGUGUGAGCUUAUUUAUACCCGGAGGUCUUCAUGUGCCCCUAAUUUUUAUUAUUAUUGCCCUUCUCCACUGGUUAAAAUCAUCCCCCUCACUCUGAAACAAGCUGCCAUCUUCAAGCCUAUAUAGAGGAUCAAUUUGGCACUGGUGACAGAAGGGACCUCUCUUUUCUCAAGAAAACUAGAAGGUCUUAGGAGUAUGAUCCUUAGACACAUGGAAAAAUUAUGAGAAUUUUUUGAAGAGAAAUGAAGGAUUUAAUGACAGGAUUCUAGAGACAAAGACAAAAAAAGUUGUCCAAGGUUCUUGCCAUCUUUUAUCCAUUACAAAAUCUCUCAAAGGCACAGAUUACGUCUGGCAUAUAUUAUGUGGGGUCUGGCACACUGGUUAUCAAGAGCACGUUAAAUAUGGAUGCCUUAGUAAUGUUAUUCUACAUUGGGCUUCCCAAACCACUGUUAUGCCUGCAGCUUCUCCAUGAAGGCGAGCAAGCUGAGCCUCCAUAUGGUACAGGUUCCCUUGGGCGUCUGUCUGUGAUGAAGGGAAAAAGAUCCUAAUGGACACCACAGCUGUCAUCCACUAAAUAACCAAGGAAAAUGCUUAUGAAGAUUAUAAUUAUCAUUUUAAAGUUUGAACAGGAAGCAUUUUUGUUCCAAACAUGCCUCUAAAAAUGAGUAUUCAGGCAAGAAUCCUCAAUGGAUGCUAAAACCAUGGAUGAAACUCUAUCGAGGAAGAAGAUAGCCACCCAGUCUCAAAAUCUCACCCCACAAGGGAUAGUUACGAAGGGGAAAAAGGUUAUCUUUAAAGAUGGACAAUUUUGCAUAUGCUUUCUUAACAAAGUAAUUAAACUUAACAUCACCAAUAAUGGGAUGGAUGGACAUAAUGCGCCCCUGAUGUGAUGAACUGAGGACACACCAUGUCAAAAAUACUGAUUUGAAUCUGAUCAAGAAG